GUGAUUACGCUUUGGCUGUGGGUUCUAGUGAUUGUGGUGGCGUGUUUUGCUGAGUGUGUGUGAGUGUGAGAGUUUAGAUUCGGAAUAUCUUUGUGUUGAAAUGUCUAUUUAGGAUUAUUGAAAAUGUUUAAUUGAAUAGUGGUGGUGUUUAGUGACAUUCACUGGUUAAGUUAAGGCUAAGUAUCCUACGAUAUGGAGCUGAAACUACAUUCACCAGCAGGCGCUGAGCCUGUAUUAUAUACUUGGCCGUUAACCUCGGGUCGUGGAAAUGACAAACAUGAUGGAGCACUCGAGAUUGUGGAAACCAUUAGAUGGGUAUGCGAAGAUUUGCCUGAACUUAAACUGCCAUUGGAAAAUAAUAUUCUCUGUGAUUAUGACACAAGGAGCUUUGAAAGUAUGAAGUCUUUGUGUGAAAGAUUUAACAAGGCUAUCGAUAGUGUGGUUGCACUAGAAAAAGGAACAUCACUGCCAGCUCAAAGGUUGAACAAGUACCCAUCUAGAGGCCUCCUUCGUCACAUUUUACAACAAACUUAUAAUGCAGCUGUAACUGAUCCAGAAAAACUUAACCAGUACGAGCCUUUCUCACCGGAAGUGUAUGGGGAAACAUCCUAUGAUUUGGUGUGUCAAAUGAUUGAUCAAAUAGAAAAAAUUACAGCUGACGAUGUAUUCAUUGAUUUAGGAUCUGGGGUAGGACAGGUGGUUCUGCAAAUGGCCGCUGCUACACCUUGUAGGAUUUGCCUUGGCAUAGAAAAAGCAGAGGUUCCAAGUCGCUAUGCUGAGGCAAUGAAUAAACAUUUUAGAACUUGGAUGCAGUGGUACGGUAAAAAAUAUGGAGAGUACAAACUCAUACGUGGUGAUUUUUUGACAGAAGAGCAUCGUGAAAAAAUCAAUCAAGCCACUAUAGUGUUUGUUAAUAAUUUUGCUUUUGGGCCUUCAGUUGACCAUCAGCUGAAGGAGCGAUUCGCUGAUUUAAAGGAUGCUGCUAAAAUUGUGUCCUCCAAAAGCUUUUGCCCACUAAAUUUCAGAAUAACUGAUCGAAAUCUCAGUGAUAUAGGUACCAUCAUGCAUGUUUCUGAAAUGUCACCAAUGCGGGGUUCUGUAUCUUGGACUGGCAAGCCUGUGUCUUAUUUCCUUCAUAAAAUUGAUCGUACAAAGUUAGAGAGAUAUUUUCAAAGGCUGAAGAAACCCCAACCUAAGAAUGGCGAAGAUGAAAAUUCUAAUAGUCGUUGUUCACGUGACAAAGGGAAAUGUCCCAAGCAGAUUAUGGAUUCGUUUUCUGAAAGUGAUAAUAGUAACGACAGUAAUUUUGGUCCAACUACAAGAAAAGCUUGGUCAGAUUAUUGCUCCAAUAAAGGCAAAAGUAGCCAGUCGGAAGGCGAGACAGUAGCUCCUAAUACGAAGAAGCGUCAAAAUAAAAAGCUUCGUCGUAAACCAAAAGCUAAAGGAGCACAAGUUCAGCAGGAUAAGCAGGUCCAGAAAGCACCUCCUAAGGGUCGUCGUGGUAGAGUGAGGAAAGCCAAGCCUAAAAAACCUUUAAAAAUUACAGGACUGGAUCUUCUCCAUUCAGAAACUUUACUGAGUACCUCGGCUCAGGCUAUUGGAAAGAAAUUACCACCAGCUCCUGGUUGUGUUGAUCAGCAGCUCACCACAUUAAGUUCUGAUGUAAUAACUCACAAUGAACUUGAAAUUCCUGCAGAACCUGCUGGAACUCCCUAUGGCUUGCAAGUUCUUUUAGACAUGGUGAGGAGUCAAUAUAUGCAAAUGAUUAGCCAAAUGAAAAGCUCUGCUUACAAAUCUAUUAUUAAGGCUCAUAUACAGGAGGAGAAAGAUCGAAAUGAAAAACUCAAGAGCAGAGCGGCGCAACUUGAAAAACAAAUCAAAGUUUUAAUUGACGAUAGUGUAGCAUUACUUAAAGCCAGAAUGUGCGAACUUGGUAUAAAUGCUACUUCGCCUGUGGAUUUACUAAGUAAGGCAAAAGAAAUUGUAUGCAGGCAUAAAGAGUUACAAGCCAAAGCAAGUGAAUUACAAGGCCAAGUAUCUAAACUUGAAACAGAAAAUAAUAACCUGGCUAUGCAGAGAGCUGCAGAAGUUUGUGAGCCAUACAUAGGUCCACAUGCAGCCAAAGAUUUAUCUCCCAGCAUGGCUCAAGAAUAUAUUUUAAAAGAAAUUUCACAAACCUUAGCACACAGGAAGAAACUACAGAAUCAGGUGCAAAAGUUGGAAGGAGAUGUGGUUACACUGACAAAGCAAGGUGAAGAAAGAAAGCAAACUCAAGUCACUUUAUCCGCAAGACAACAACAAGCGCCAGCCAAAGUGUCGCGCAAAUCCAGAGAAUAUCGAACCAGAUCUCAGGAUUGGCCUGAAGUUCCAGACAUUGCAAAAAUAGAAGAACAAAAUCCAGAGAUCUUAGCACAGAAAAUUCUGGAGACUGGUCGAAAAAUUGAAGCAAGUAAACUAUCAGCAAUAACAAAUCAUAAAAACAGUUCAUAUCCUAUACAUAACAAACCUCUUCCAAAUAAUCCAAAAGGUAUUGUUAAAAAUAAUAUGCCAGCUCCAUUGCCAGUUAGCAAACGCCAGAAGACAUUACACAAUUACCCAGCCACAAUAGUUUCUACCAGUUCCAGCAACACUGCCAACAACCAAAUUCAGAAAGUACAAGAAGCUCCUCGAAUCGCCAAUUUUGAAGAUCGUCUGAAAAGUAUAAUAACUUCUGUACUAAAUGAGGAUCAACAGAACAGGACAAAGCAGAGUCAAAUUCCUCCACCUCCAAUGCAAUUCAAUUCUACUAUACCCGCCGCUCAUGUGCCAACCACGCCGAUGCCUCAACCACAGCUGCCGCCGAUAACUCAAAGUUAUGUUACACAACAUUACCCAAUUCCACCUCACACACAACCAGGAAAACAAAGUGUUGGACCUGAACAACCAGACUACACACAAGUUUCCCCAGCGAAGCUAGCUCUCAGAAGACAUUUAUCCCAAGAAAAAUUGACAAGCACUGUGCCCAAUUUCAACUCGGCUGAAGGACUUGUGGGAAAAUUAUCUACUGCCCAUCAAACCUUUAACACACCUGAAGGACUUGUUGCAACUAGAACUAUAGGAGAUCUUGUUUCAGGAGAAAUAGAGAGGACUUUAGAAAUAUCUAACCAGUCUAUUAUCAAUGCUGCCGUCGAUAUGAGUGAUAUACAAAAUGGACCCACCUCAACUGCCAGAUCAGUAGUUAAUAGUAGCAUUCCACCAAGACCUGAAAGGGUAAGUGUGAAAGUGCCAACUGGACCUCCUGAAAUCAGCUCACCGUCUACAUCUAAAGAAGUUAUAGUAGAACCAAUGAGGCAGGUGUACAGCCCUAUUUCUAGGCCGUCAUCAACUGAAGGUGGUUUGGAAGGUUUAGCCUACAUGGCUUAUAUGCAUUCACAUGUUAAAGCCACUGCUCCACAUCAAUUUAUUCCGAGCCAGCAACCUUCGCCUAGGCAACAAUUUUCACCGAGAACGGUCGCUCCACUGGUUAACUCUACUGAAGACCAACUUCACCCAACUGUAGUGAGGCCAAGGAAGUAUAAGGAAGAAGAGAUGGAUAUUGUGGAAGAGGAAGCAGUAGUGGUAGAAGAAAAGUGGCGAGACAAAGUCAGCUCUGGCUUUGACCGUUUGGUGGCAUUCGCGUCUACUGAAUUAGAUAAACGACGUCGUUCGACUGACGGAACAGACAGUUGCAAUACUUCACCUGAUUCUGGCAUAGGACAUGGCUUAGGAGAAACUCAUAUUGUAGGUCCGUCCAAACAACCCAUUAAGUUGAACCCAAAGCCCACUUUGUUUAAAAUGCCAGUAAGUAAAAGUUAUUUAGAAUCCUCUGCAAUCUUGGAUCAAGGACCAGACGACGCUGGUCCCCCUAGGACGCCAUCUCCAACUUCUCCAAAUCCAUAUAAUAUUCACUUCAGUCCUGAACCGGCUAAAAGUCCUACAAGAUUAAAUCCGGCUCUGCUAAAGUAUCAACGUUAUCCUGAGGAGAAGAGCAAGAAACCAGAUGCUCAUUUCAAGAAGAAGUUUUACUAUCGGGAACAUUGGAGAGACGAUGAAUGGUCAAAGGCAAAUGAAGAAAGGCCCGACGCAAACCAUGAGCCUGUUAAAGAUAAGUUCCGCCCAAAAGGAAAAGCUUGGGAUUGGAACAGAGAUUCACAGCAGAUGACACACCAGGAUACUGGAAAUGAAUGGAGCCGAUCGCAUGAUCCAUACUCCUGGAAAAAUUGACACUACCUAAUGGAAUAUUAUUAUGGGAAACUUUGUUCUGAUUUCACUCGGCAAGCAUGUAUGUGGUAUUCUUCUCCAUAUCCCUAUUAUUUUUAAACUUGUAUCAGUUGGUGUUUUGAGAAUGUAUUACCUAAUCUCUGAUGUCAAAAGAAGGGAUGGAGCUUCAUUAAUUGAUAAAUAUCACUGAAAUUUGAUAAUUUGAGGUGGGAGGACGAUUUACAUCCAUUUGCCUAUGCAAAUAAAAUUAAAGCAUCAAAUUUGAGAGAAUUUUAGAAAUCCAGUACCACGUACUUAUGAGUGGAUCUUUCUUCUCCUUGCAUGUUUUUGUGUAGAUUUUUUGUCUAUUAACUACUGCUUUGUUUGUUUCUUUUAAUUGUGUCUAUUUAAAUCGAUACUUUGCUGUUGUACUAAGUUGACUAAACUAAGAUUUAAACCUAGUUAAGUUGGUAGAGUGUAAGCCUGGUAAUCGUAAAAAAAAUAAUUGGUUGGAAUAAUGUUCAUGAAGCUCCACCUUUUUGAUUAACGACACAGUUAGGUAAGGUAUUGAAUUGAAUUAAUUGAUUAUACAUAAUUUUUUCGGAGCCCAACUAAGAAUUGAACACAUAACUAACAACGAACUCUUAAAUAAGUUCUUGGUUAAAUUCCGCAACACUACUUUCAUUGCUUACAUUGAGCUUUGGCCCUAUUGCCAAAUUUAAGUACUUACAUAUAAAUUUUUUUAGUAAUAUAUGCAUGAUCAUUUGUCGCCUCCUUUUUUUGGAUACAAGUUUAGAGGUACGUUUCAGACAAAACUUUUUUAAUUGUUACUUAAGGAGUUUUAGGAAAUACUUUUCAAUGUACUUGUAGUAUUCAUUAUAAUGUCAAUCUACGAAAACUAAUUGACUACGCGAUUUUGUGUUCAUAAUUUAAUUAGAACAACAUGCCUUUUUGGUUUUUUAACUGGUCUGAUUUUCAUUAAGGUGAAAUUAUUAAUAAAAAAAAAUUAGUACAAAUUCGAUUUAAAUUAUUUAAUAUUCAAAAUUAUUUAUAUUUAGUUAUAAUGCGGCUUAUUGAAGUCUAGAACAUACUGCUAACUUGUGAUUUAAAAGUUUUAUUUUUAUUGUUACAUCAACCACAUUUACCAAGCGAUGUCAUUGAAAAAAUCUCAAGUAGCAUCCUCCUAGUAGCGAUACCUUAUUUUACAGCUCUUACUAAAAAAAUACUGCCCAUUGCACGUUUUCAAAUUGUCAUCCUGUCGGUAUAAUGUUUUCAGUUGGCAAGUAUGUUCUAGAAUUCUUUAUUUUGACAACUCCAUGUUUAUGGAUGCAGAAUUUAUUUGCAUUUAUUUCAAAAAAUUGUAUGCUCCUGGAACAUAAUUCAUAGAGAAUAGCUUCGAAAACUUGGACGCAUAUUGCAUUGGGUGGCGUCCGUGUUUGAGAGUCACCCAGAUUUUUGAAACUUUAUAAACAACUGUAUAAAUGUUCAUAUUUUCACGAAAGUGCAUCGAGAGCCCGGCCAGAUUCUAAGAAUCCAGUUGUUUACGUCUAGAGAGCGUCUAUGAUAGUAAGAUUGAAUAAAUUUUCACAAAAUCAAAAAAAUUCUUGACAGUGUGUCGAAUCAAAGAGAUGUUUGAAAAUUUCUUUGGAAAACACAAGUGUUUGUUUUUUCAAUUGAGGCAUUAAUUUCAAGGGAAUAUCGAAAUAAUCCACAAGAUAACUACUGGAUUUUUUCCGCUCUCCUGCUCUAACCGCAUUAUGUUUUACUCAAUGCGACGAUGUUUUAGAGCUGAGUCUACUGUUUGGGUUUCUGGAAUGUCCGUAUUUAUGUGGGUCUGGCGUUUUCGAAGCUAUUCUGCAUUAUUAUUUAAAUCAAUUUCUCAAAGCGUCAGAAAUACUAUUCCAAAUCUGAUAGGCAAAAUUAAUAUUUUUAUUAAAAGAACAGAAAUAUCAAAAUAUCUGAAAUAAAAUCAAUCUUUAGUGGUCUCGAUUUUUGAUGCUGUGGAAUCUUUGAUAUUGUUUUAUAUUAAAUGUUGCAACACCAAAAUAUAUGAGAAAAAAAUUAGGUUUAUACAUAAUACAUAAUUAUGAUAAAACAACAAAUUUGGAAGACUGCUCUUGGAUAUGGCAAGUUCAUCAAUCUCAAUAAUACCCUGCUAUGUUUGCUUUAUACAUGUACAUAUCAUAAAUAAUUUUUUUUUUUAAUUUUGACAAAAUAUUAAUAAUACUUAAUGUAUUUACUGCAAUUAUUAAAUUAAGUAAUUUUAGUUUUCCUCUUCUUUUGAGGCUUUUUUUUUAAUUUUCACCAAAUUAUACUCAUAUUUUUUUAGAAGUUUUAUUGUCUGUUAUAUAUUAUUUACUGUGUGUUCAAUUUUAAUGGCAUGCAGACGUUUUGCAUCAAUUUUAAAUGAAACAUCUGCAUGCCAUUAAAAUUGAAAACAAUAUAUAAUAAUAUUAAAUGUAUUUCUGCAAUUAUUAUUAAAUUACUAGGUACAGCUAGCGAAAUUAAAGACGAAGCUUUCUCUGCAUAAUUUGCUCCCUUAUAAAGUUCAUUUGAAAAGUCAAAUGUGAAAAUUAAAAGGAUUUCUCUGUGAAAUUGAAUUGCAACACAUAAACAUCUCAAAAACAUUACCUACAGUUAUGGAUGGAUAGUUUGGCAUUGAAAAAGCCUAGGCAUCUAAUAAUAAAAUCGAUUCUACAGUCGGCCUCUACAUUUAAAAAGGAAUAUCAGCUAAUUCUUUUUUUAUUACCCAAAGGUAAUUGGGAUUACAAAAUUUCAUUAAUUUUAAAAGUAUUAUAAAGGUUUUUCUGCUAGCUUGAUGCAAAACUGUGGAAACCACCAAUUUUUCAAAAUUGGCACUAUUAGUUUAUAUUAUUUUAUUUGUAACAGGGUUGAUCGUAUCUGUCGACUGCUCAUUCACUGUUUUUCUGUUUUUUGUUCGUUUAAACUAUGUAGUUAAUUUAUCCACAUGUUUUACUUUUUCAUGUUUUUAGUAUGACGGGCCUUCAAAAAAAAAUCAACUUUGCUUUGAUUACGAAAACGUACAUCCCAUUAUUGUUUCUUGAUUUGUCAGGAUUUUUGACAUGACAUUUUGACAUGAAAGUUUAUUGACAAAAUUAAAAAAAAAAAUAUUGCUAAGACAUACGUUAAAAAAACCAUAGCAAUUUUUGAUUGUUUUUUUUUUGAAGACCCGUUAUAUAUUUUUGUACACUUGCUUUUUCAAUAUUUCAAAGGUAUCAUCAUUGCAAAAAAAAAUUCAAAUGUAAAUCGUAUGUCUGUGAUAGCAGAUAUAGCUCAUCAAAUAUCAUAUUUUUCUCUUGUGGAAUCACACAUUACUUAUGGUAUUGCAUUUUGGGGCUGCUGCAGUACUGCAAAUUUCAACUCCAUAUUUAUUUUGCAAAAAAGAGCCCUUAGGUUUGUGCUCAGAAUUCCCUCCCGCAAUCUUGCAAACCUAGCUUCAUUUCCCAUAAAAUUUUAACUGUGCCAUGUUUAUAUAUACUCGAAAGUAUUUGCCUAGUCUAUAGGACAUACUAUGAUCAUCUUUCUGUGGUGAGGCACUAUUCCACUAGGCAAGCUUAUAAUAUUCCACUGCCAAUUCCGAGAAGCACCUUGGUGAAGAAGUCUUUUGUUUAUUUUGCUAAGAAAGCCUUCAAUUUUCUACCAUUGAGUGUUAGGUCUUUACGUUCGUACAGAAGGUUUAGAAGGGAGGUAAGGGAGUUGCUCUUGACUAGGGCAUACUACGAUGUUGAAGAAUUCUUUGAGGACACCUUGUGAGCAUAUUUUUAUCGUGGCAAAAAUUUUAAAUUGUAUUUUCAUAGAUAUUUUUAAUUAUUAUUAUUUAAGUUACAUAUAUGCUUUGUGAAUAAAAAGUUUUUUUCUGGUCAUCUUCUUGAUUUGAUUUUGAUUUUUUGUGGUAUGCUUUCCUAAUUCGUAGCUAGAAUUCGAGGCUUACUUUACGUCUCUGUAUAUUUUUAACUGUUUGUUUUUCGAGUGUGCGCAUUGUAUUUUUAUUUUAUUUUUUAUUGUCCUUUCAUGUAACUAGUUCUAAGGCUUUUCGUUGAUACUAAAUUUAAGUUUAGCUUUGUCAAUAAGAUUGUAUCUUUGAUAAUAAAGCAAUUUUUGUUUUUGUUUUGUUUUUGAAAGUACGUAGGUCCUGCUAUGCUAUGCAUAGGAAAUAUCCGAGGAAAUAUCCCUACGUGGAUUUUCUUGAAUAUCUCGAAAAAUACUAAUCCGAUUUUGAUGUUUUUGGGGUGUUUGUAGGUAUCAAACUCCAAAAAGGUCAAAAUCAGAUUAGUAUUUUUUGAGAUAUUCAAGAAAAUCUACGUGGGGAGUUUUCCUCAGAUAUUUCCUAUGCAUAGCAUAGCAGGACCUACAUGCUUUGAUGAGCUAUAUCUGCUAUCACAGACAUACGAUCCUCUUUACAUUUCAAUUUUUUUUUUUGCAAUGAUGAUACCUUUAAAAUAUUGAAAUUUGGUUGAAAUUUACAGGGGCCUAUUUUCAAUGUUAAUUGUGCCUCCUUCUUUUCCUGGUUUACCUACUUAAAGGUUAACUAUCUUGGUUACUAGAUUAGCAAAGGUUGGCCACAUUUAUAGUACUAAACACCCUAUAUAAAUGUAUUUUGAAUUGAAACUGUCCAUUAGGAUUUUAUCCCUGAUUAAUAGAUUAGGUCUUUUCAUAGUAUGCUAUAUAACGUUACUAAAUAUUUAUUUUGAAAUCAUAGAAAUGCUUUGUCUAUAACAAAAAAAGAAAAACCCAGUAAUAACCAAAGAAUAAUUGAAAGCACUGCCCAUUUUUUAACAAAGUAUAGUUAUAAAGAUUGAUUAACUUGCCUAUGUUUAAAACUCUGUUAUUAGUUGUUAACAAAACACUGCCCCACUGAUAGUGUCAUUAAUUUAUUUCUAAAUUUUGGAUUGAUUUUGAUACCUAACAUCUCGGAAAAAAUCCAUGUACAUAUAUAAUAUUUAAAAUAAUUGAAAUUUAGUACAAGUUCUGAAUGUAAAUAUUGUAGUAAAUUCUUCAAGAUAGGUAAAUUACUUAUUCUAUUCCAGUGAACAUUUUUCAAGCCGCAAAAUGUAGGUACAUGCCUACUAUUUUAUAAUAAAUACAUUAAUACAGUAUUUUAAUUAUUUUCGGUGUGGUAAAAGAGUUUGUUGCUUUGAAUUUUCAUCCAGUUUAGAUUAUCUGCAGUAUCUAAUCUUGAAUAAAAUAUUAUCAAAUAUGGCUUGGAUUGACUUGAUGUAAUGUCUGAUUAGAUGUAAUAUUUUUGGCUUUAAUUUGAAGAAAUCUUAAAAAUAUUAGUGGAAUCAGAUUUUAAAUGUGCAAUUAAUAAAAUCUAAUUGCUUAAAUAAGUCAAAAAUAUUACUCCUUCUGGUUGUAAAUUGUAAAUUUUCCAUAAUACAGUAUGUGAGAAUAUGUAAAAAAGUGGAUUUCAAAAUAUGUAUUUGUAUUUUUCAGUUAACGUUUCAAUCACUUUUUUGGCCUAGUGUGUUUGUUGUUGAUUGAAAAUACAAAAACAAAUAUUUAAACCCGUGUUUUUACAAUGCUUUAACAACCUGUAAGCAUUUUUAGUCUUGUGAAAAAGUUAAGCAACAAUGUAGAUAAACAAAGUCAGUUUUGGAUUGUAUUGACUAUUUGCUAAGUGGUCAUAAGUUGUUAGGAAAACAAUACGCCUUUCUUUAGCUUAUAUGGUUAAAUUUAUAUUGUAAUUAUCUUAAUCAGUGUUUAAGUAUUUUUUUUUUUACUUUAUUUUUAUUUGUUAUGAACUUUUUUUUUAGUUAUUAACAUUUCUGUAUACCAUUAUUUGUUGUCUUUUAUUACAUUUAUGUUAUAGUUUAUCAUUUAAUGCUUAUUAUGUUUUUUCUCUCAGUUUUGUUUGAAAAAUUCUAUCUGGCUUUUUUUACGUAAACAGGAAUUAUUAUUAAAAAAAUGGCACAGUUACUGUUGGCAAUUAUAUUUAAAUAUAAAUAUUUUUGUAUUCACUCCAUACCAAAGGAUUAAUGCCUGCAUAAAACAACAAUAUUUUUGAAUGAUUAGCGACAGUAAUCAGAGGGUUAUAUUGGUGAUUUAACCAGGAAAUAAUUUAUAGGACAGGAAUCUAUAAAAUAAAAAUUUAAAAACAGAAAUACAAUUUUUUUGUUAAUAUUUUUUGAUCAACUUGGUACGUUACUCACACAGAUUGAAAUAUACAGACAGAUUGAAGGGUUUGUUCAUUGCACUUUAGUCCCAAUACAAGAAACCUGUAAAUUCGGGUGAAUAGCAAUGUUUGAUAUAAAAAAAAAUAGUUUCUACUAUCUAUCUUGGCUCAACUGCAAUAAUUUUUUAAUAUUUUUAAUUUGGUCAUGAUUUUUUGAAAGUUUUGAUUUUUUAUAAUAAAAAUUGAUAAAUGCAACAAUGAAAUAAUAAUCUUAAAUAUUUUUUCCAUUAGUAAUAAUAAUAAUAGCUCGCUUUAAUAUGUAGAUUCACAAAUAUUUUUUGGUAUUAAAAGUAGGUAAUAUUUUACAUACAUAUUUCAAACAUUUUCGAGUUAUUGGUUACUACAUUGUAACAUGCCCAUCUGAUGUGCCUUCUCCCUUGGUUAUUGGCUGACAUCCAAUGUUGGUGCGUUCAUUGUGUAGGUAAGUGCAUAAUAAUUAGUGAGCAAUGGGAGCAAUCACUAACCUCUAAAUCUUAACCAAACGAUACCUAAAUCUGUGCCUGUUCGCGUUUCCUUUGUAAAAAACAAUAAUAUUUUUCAAUAAACCUAAUGUGGCUAUCUUUUUUAAUUUGAAUCCAGUUUAAAACGGAAAAUUGUAAAUUAUUGACUGAAUAUAGAAUUUAUGUUCAGCAUUUGUAAUCUAAAUGUGAAGUUCAUUCACAAAUGGUAAUGCAGAUUAAAAAAUGUAUAGUAAUCGUGGAUUAAUUUCAGGUUACUUAAAUGUGAAUAAGUGUAGGAUAGGAUUAAUAUGUUUACUUAAGUAUGUAAAUAGAGGUAUUACUGCCAGUUAUUUAAUAAAUCUAUUGUACCAUUGUA